AUGAUUGGGGAGAACCCCCUGACCGCAGCGGACCUCGAUGUCGUUGGUGCCCUCUCCCCUACCCUUACUCCGCCAAUGACCAAGCUCUUCCGCCAGCUCUGCAACCGGGCGCAGAGUCACAUCCUGAAGGCACAAGGCCUACAGAAGCACUACGCAGACACCCACCGCCGCGCAGUGGAGUAUGCGGUGGGCGACAAAGUCUGGCUGAGUAGCAAGCACCUUCCCGCCCUAAGCACAUGCCCUAAGCUUGAACCCCGUUUCCGUGGACCCUUCAUUAUUACUGAACGCAUUGGGAGUGUUGCUUGCCGCCUGGCGCUACCCCCUACGUACGAAUGCCAUGAUGUCUUCCACGUUUCCCAGUUAGUUCCUGACUGCCCCCGCGCCCCUGAGCUGGAACCUCAGGAGGCCGUUGUGGGGUGGCCUCCUACACGAGACGUCGCAGGGAACCCCACGGAUCGGUAUGAAGUCGAUUACAUCAUGGACCAGCGUCGGUCCGGCGGCGAGUUCCAAUACAUUGUCAAGUGGCGGGGCUACCCGGAGGACCAAACCACCUGGGAACCUGCUAGCCAUUUGGACGGUUGCCCUGCACUGCUGCGCGCCUGGCGCCGCCGUCACCGGAACCGCCUUCCGCCCUGA